CUAUUUGUCGGGUUUGGAGAAAUCCACAAAAAGAUAAUGUGAGUUGGAUUUUUUCCAACAAAAUCCAAUUUCAAUGAGGUUGAAUACCCAAUGAUUUAUUUUGCUAUCCUAUGAUCCUAUCCCAACCCAAGAUGUAUGCGCUUAUAUAGACAUGCAUAUAUAUAAUGUGAUCUAUUAUGUAUUAACAUAUGAGCACUGUCCUAAAAAAAACAACUGAAAAUUCAGUAAACUAACUGCGCGCCAUGGCUGAUGCUUUCCUCAUCAGUUCCCCGGUCAACAGAGACGACCAAUUUUCCGGCCGAUGGCUGAUCACUUCAGCAACCAUCGGAGUUAUACUAGUCGGAAUUUGGUACUUCGUAUCGAGAAUGGUCAAAGGAUUGAAAUCACGAGGAGGAGCAACAGCUGCUUCUUCUCUUCCUCCGGGGCCUCGCGGCUUGCCGAUUGUUAGCUACAUCCCAUUUCUCAUGUACAACGGGAAGAACAUUCCACUUCACCGGAAAUUCACCCACCUCGCGGCCCAAUACGGGCCCAUCUUCAAAAUCCGGGUCGGCAGCCAGCUCCACGUCGUGGUCAGCUCGCCGGCCUUGGCGAAACAAGUCCUUCGGGACAACGAAUCGGCCUUCUCGAGCCGCAACCUCCCGUUAGCCAUUCGAGUUUGGACCUACGGUGGGCUGGACCUCUCUUGCCUGCCAAUGAGCCAAGACUGGAGCUUUAUGCGGAAAGUGGUGCUAAGGGACGUGCUCAGCAACCCUAGUUUGGACCGCUGCUACGAACUGAGACGAAGGGAGGUGGUGAAGGCGCUCAGGGAAUUAGUUAGGAGCGGUUCACGCAAGCCGGUUGGCGUGUUGGAGUUGGCGAAUAAGAUGGUUGCGAAUGCGACUAUGGCGAUGACGUGGGGAGGAAGGGAUGAUGAUGGUGACGUGGAUAACGAGGAGGCGCGACGAUUGUGUGAAGAGGGGAUGGCGCUGAUGGAGAAGCCGAACGUCUCCGACGUGUUCCCACUUCUUGCGAGGUUUGAUCUUCAAGGGAUCGGGAGGAGAGCGGCCGAGGUGGCUGGACGGUUUGACCGGAUCAUUACCUCCAUGAUUCAGAAACGCUUCGAUGGUAAAGGGUCGUUAAUUAUGGAGCGUAAAGAGGACGGCCGAGAGGUGAAGGAUUUGUUGCAGGUUUUGCUGGAGAAUAGGGAAAGGUCGUCUGGUGCGGGAUCGCCGCUGGCGUCCAUCACCCAAUUCAAAGCCCUCCUUCUGAACAUUACGCCGGGCGGGACGGGAAUGGUAGCAACCGUAAUCGAGUGGGCGAUGACGGAGCUACUAAGGUGCGACAGGGCAAUGACAAACGUGAAGCGGGAGCUAGACGACGUCGUAGGGUUGGAAAACCUAGUUGAAGACCACCACUUGAAGGAGCUGAAAUACCUGGACGCCGUGGUGAAGGAGACGUUCCGGCUGCACCUGACUGUCAUCCAACGAGAAGCGGUCCAGCCGUGUAGCAUAGGCGGGUACGCUAUCCCGAAGAAGGCGAAAGUGAUGGUCAACGCUUGGGCCAUCCACAGGGAUCCACGGCUGUGGGAAGAGCCUACGGAGUUCCGGCCGGAGAGGUUUCUGGACAGCAACAGCGACUUCGUGUAUAUCCCGUUCGGGUCGGGUCGGAGGAUGUGCGUCGGGGUUAAUUUGGCUACGAGGCUGCUCAAGUACGUGCUGGCUUCGCUGCUGCAUUCGUUCGACUGGAAGCUCCCGGCCGGCGAAGGAGGGUCGACGGUGGAUGUUUCGGACGAGUUCACGUUGAUCAUCAAGAAGAAAAAGCCACUGACUAUUGUGCCCACGCCUCGGCUCUCUUGUCCGGAUCUGCAUGCCUAAUUCUUGUAUCGCUAGCUACUAGACAUGCACUGGAUUUACGGUUGUACGGUUGUAACCCUAUACCGCUGGUCAAACUACGUACUCUUUUGCUUGUCUCUUUUAUGUCCUUUCAAGGACGUAUGCUGUUCAUCCUCAUGUUGUAUGUUGUCACUUCAUCUAUUAAACAGAAUCUUGCCAUCAGAGUAACCUUUACAGUUUACUGUACGUAUUUACUAAUUAAACGCUUCUCAUCGUUUCUUAUGCCAGCAUAUAUACAAGACUUGGCAUUAGGAGGGAUUGAACUUAAGGUAUGGUAUGGUUAAGGUGAGAUGUAACCCGGCUCUUGACAUUUGAUGUUUGGUUGUAAAAUAUGGAUCACAUGGUGAUUAGACAUUGAAAAGUGAUAAUAUGGUAGCAGAUAUUAUCAAUCCUCCACCUGAAUUGUGAGUUUAAUUCUAGUAGGAUAUUAUGAUCCUCACCCUCAACUAAAUAGUGGCUAAGGCUUCACUGCUCAUCGAUACUCUUAGACAAAUAAGUUACAUUACUGACAAGGUAAUUAAAGUGGGUACAAACCCAAUGGAAAGCCAUACAUAUUACACAAAGGAAAGUCACUCAUAUAGGAUUGAAGUUUGUACAAUUCAAAAAUGGGAUCGUAGAUCAUUUGAUCUAAAGACCUACUAUAUAUGGUAUCAUAUCAAGAAUCAACUAGUCUUAAUAAUUCGACUUGUUAGAAGAGGUUUAAUAAUGAAUUUUGUACCACCGACAUUUUUAAAGGUGACUCCCAUUUUGCUAAAGCAUAAGUGGAAGAGUGCAUUAUAUAAAACAAACAGGUGGAAUGGCCAUACAUGAAGUAGUAUGAAAGGAAAGAAGCAAUGUUUGCUUAGCCUUAUCAUACCCGUCGGUCGGAUCAGAAAUACCGGAUACCGGAUCCAAAAUAGAAAUAAGUUUUAGUAAUAGAAAAAUGGCUGAAACACAAUUAAAUUACCAUUGAAUACACAAUGUACUAUUACUAAUUAUUUCAGUAUAAUUUUUGGUACGAUUUUAAAGGCGUCUGUUAUAACUCACAUAUACUAUUCUCUAUAGUUUGUCAAUAUCGAGGCAUUCAUCGUAAACAACGAUAAUUAAAUUGUUACUCUCUAUGAAAAACGUACGAAAUAAUAAAUUGUUAGGCCGCAAAAUCGACGAUGAUAAUCUCUUGUCCAAAAUAAAACAAAGAACAAUGGCGUUAACAUGAAACUUGUGCAGUCAAACCGUUGGGCUUGUACUUGUGGUGGGCUGAAGUCAGCCAGUAAGAUAAAUCAUGGGAUGGGAUGGGAUUAGGUGCUAACCCUUGUGAUAACUAGUAAAAAACACUACGGAUUAUUAUAAAAUCAAUAUAAUAUCUAAGCUAAAUCACUACUAAUUCAAACUAGUAGUAGUUUUUCCCUUGGUUAGGACGGUGCUAACUAUUAUACAAUUAGCACCGUAGCCGUUCCCUAAAUCAUGCCAUGCAUGCGGAGUUGGCCAAUAACCUAACUAAAUAAGUACGUGCUUAGCGCGUCUGAUUAUAUCGCUUAAUGAAGGUCAUUAAUUAAUGGAUGAUAAUCAAUUCUUCGUAAUGUUUUAAAAUUCAAAUAAUGUUUUAACUUUUAAGAAUGGAUACUAUAAUUAUAUUUUCUGACAAUUGCAUUCCUCACUUUUCUAGAGUUUUGUUACCAGAUCAAAUGACGUGAGCUUCCAUAUAUAUAUAUACAGCAUAAUAUAGACUAUAGAGAAACCUUGACCUUAGAUUCCAUGAACCAUUUCAAGAUCAGGUAUAAUACACCAUUAUAAAAAUAAUAAUAAAAAGAUCAGGUAUAAUACACAAUUGCAUAACCAAAAUUUAUGCAUUUGUACUCGCCCUAAAUUCAUAGGUGGCGGGAGGUCCAUGUCCUUAAUUUUUAUGUUGUUUAUCGUCCAUUUCCAUAAAUUUGGCAAAAGAAU